AUGAACAAGGCAAGGAACCUCAAGCCUUUCGAGUGGAAUCUGGGCUUGAAGAAGCUAAACAUCAAAGCCCGCUGUUUCGCAGUCAAAUACGCAGCCGGUAACAUCGAGUCCCCGUUCACCAAAAGAUGCAGGUUGACAAAGCCUAUUCUCACCCCAAUGUUCGACUAUAAGCUCAAACAGAGAGAGAAAGACAUUAUAUGGAAGUCCGUCUCCCUUGGUAGCCCGGCUGACACACCAGCAGUUGGCCGUUCCUUGUACGCUCGAAUGUUUCGAUCUGCCUACUAUGAAGCUCUGAAGAAGUAUGGAUACGACGAGGACGGCAGAAAGCUCGUCCUCGAUGCAGAAGGGAAUGUUGUGGGGAAACGGAAACCGGGUCUGUCAUGUACGAUUCAAGUGAUCUUGAAUGCACCGAUAAAAACCGUCAAACAAGAGGAUCUCGUUAUAGAGGCAGAGCGGCUGGUCCAGGAGCUCGAGAGACUGCAAGGCAAGCCAUGUGCAGCUGGAAACGCAAACCACAGACAAAGGUCCCGGAAGGCGCAGAAGUCGGCGGGAUAG